AUGGCGGAAAACAGCAAAAAACUGCAUAUAGCAGUAUUUCCAUGGCUAGCUUUUGGUCAUAUGGUUCCAUAUUUAGAGCUCUCAAAGCUCAUAGCUCAAAAGGGUCACAAAAUUUCCUUCAUUUCUACUCCUAGAAACAUCGAUCGUCUCCCAAAGCUUCCACCAACUCUUGCCCCCUUCUUAAAUUUCGUUAAAAUUCCUCUGCCCCACGUUGAUAAGUUACCGAAAAAUGCAGAAGCAACUAUUGAUUUACCUUAUGAGAAAGUCAAGUACCUCAAACUUGCUCAAGAUGGACUCAAAGAACCCAUUGCUAGGUUUCUCGAAGAAUCAACUCCUGAUUUUAUAAUCUUCGAUUUUGCUUCUUACUGGAUUCCUUCUAUUGCUUCGAAAUUCAAUAUUCCGUCCGGUUAUUUCAGCAUAUUCAUCGCCGCGUUGCUGGGUUUCGCCGGACCUGUGCCGGGAUCGAACAAUGAUUAUGAAAUUCGGACGAUGCCGGAGGAAUUCACCGUUCCCCCAAAAUGGGUACCGUUUGAAACCACAGUUGCUUCCAAGCUUUUCGAAGUUUUGAAAAUCUUCGAAGCUACCUUUAAGGGUGAGGAAGAGAACGUUUCUGAUUUGUUUCGUAUGCAUAAAUCUGUUGAAAACUGUGAUUUUUUGUUUGUGAGAAGCUGUUCAGAAUUUGAACCAGAAUGGUUGAAAGUUGUCGGAGAUAUCCACCGGAAACCGGUUUUUCCGGUGGGACAACUUCCGACGACAAUAUAUGAAGAUGAUAACACGAAGAUUGAUGCAUGGAAAGAGAUAAAACUGUGGCUUGAUGAGCAAGAAAAGGGGAAAGUGAUUUAUGUUGCAUUUGGUAGUGAGGUAAAACCGAGUCAAAACGAACUAACCGAGUUAGCGUUCGGGUUAGAGCUCUCUGGGUUACCAUUUUUCUGGGUUUUAAGAACUAAAAGAGGGGAAUCUGAUGAUGAAUUGAUUCAACUACCAGAAGGGUUCGAAGAUCGCACAAACGGAAGGGGAAUUGUGUGCACGAGUUGGGCGCCACAACUUAAGAUACUGAGUCAUGACUCUGUCGGUGUAUUUUUGACUCAUUCAGGAUGGAGUUCAGUAGUUGAAGCAAUACAAUUUGAGAAGCCAUUGGUUCUUUUAACAUUUUUGGCCGAUCAAGGGAUAAAUGCUAGGUUGUUGGAAGAAAAGAAGAUGGCGUAUUCAAUAUCAAGAGACGAUCUUGACGGAUCGUUCAAUCGUGACUCGGUGGCUGAGUCACUUACUUUGGUACUUGUUGAAAAAGAGGGUGAGAUUUAUCGCAAAAAGAUUAAAGAGGCAAAAAAUCUUUUUUGUGAUAAGACACGACAAAAUAAUUAUGUGGAAAAUUUAUUAAGUUAUCUUCAAAAUUAUAAAAAGGCUAAAAUAUGA